AAAACAGCAUAAAAACAAAAGAUGAUGUAAGCCAAAAGUUAUCAGAGGAGAGAAAUGAGGAGAAGAGGAGAGAGCUGGAGAGAGGAGUGGAGAGAGAAGAUGAGCAGAUGAAGCAGAUGAAGGAGGCUGAAGAGGAGCUGAAGAGGAUGCAGGAGGAGAGGAGGAUGAUGGUGAAGAAGCUCAGACUGGAGAUGGAGAUCAGAGAGAAGAGUGCAGUAAAAGCAGAUACACACUUCAUCAGGAAGCUGCCUGAACUCGUUACUCAGACUGUUAUAACAAACAGACAGAAAGAGUUUGAUAGAGAGAUGAAAGGAAAAGAAAGAGAGUUAGAAACUUUCUUAGAAGAACAUAAAAAAACAAUAGAGAACAAAAAUAAAACAAUAGAUGAGAAGAAUGAACUGCUGAGAGAGAAAGAGACUCUACUGGAGAUCACAGUGAAAGAGGAGGAAAGCAGUAAAAAGCAGCUGGAGACUCUGAGAAAGGAACUGCAGGACAAGAGCAGCAACUACAACAUACAACUACAGGAGAUGAUGAUCCUACUGGACCAACAGAAAACUGAAGUGAGUGAAAAAGACAAACAGCUUGAAGAGAAGGAGAGACUUCUAAGUGAGAGAAACACACAGCUAAUGGAAAGAGACAAGCAGGUUGAGGAGAAAGACAGACUUCUAGAGGAGAGAAACAAGCAGCUGCAGGAGAGAACAGAUCCAGACUCAGCAGCUCCAGCCAGAAGGAGAAACAGCAAAGAGUUUUUACCUCCAGACUUGAGUGGAGAGACUCCAGACUCAGCAGCACCACUCAGGAGAAGAAACAGUAAAGAAGAACUUCCUCCAAAUAUGAGUGGAGAAUCUUCUAGUUCAGCCUCUCCAGAGUCAGUUCCUGUAUCAGAGCUCAGGCUGGUGCUGCUGGGGAGGACUGGAUGUGGGAAGAGAGCAGCAGGAAACACCAUCCUGGGCAGAGAGGAGAGGAGCCAGGCUGGAGCGUCUACAGUGGGGCAGCAGAGUGAGAGCAGACGGGGGGAGGUGGCUGGGAGGCAGGUGACUGUGGUGGACACUCCUGACUGGUUCUGUCCUGGACUCUCUCUGGAGGAGCUGAGACAGGACGUGGGACUCUGUGUCCGUCUGUCUGCCCCAGGACCCCACGCCUUCCUCCUAGUCAUACCAGUGAAGCAGUCUACAGGAGAGGAGAGAGGCAUGCUGGAGAAAAUGGAGGAGAUUUUUGGAGAGGGAUGUUGGAGGAACACCAUGAUCCUUUUCACUAUCACUGACGAAGUCCAAGAGAAGAACAUUGAAGAGUUCAUCCAGUCAGGAAACCAGGAGGUCCAGAGACUUGUAGAGAAAUGUGGGAACAGGUUUCACUGUCUCAGCAUUAAGGAGAGUGGAGAUGGUUCUCAAACCUCAGAGCUGCUGGAGAAGAUAGAGAAGAUGGUGGAAGGAAACAGAGAGAAAUUCUACAGCAGUGAGAUCUACCUGGAGACAGAAUCUUAGAUCACAGAGAUAGAGAGAAGAAUUAUGAGAGAAAAAGAAGAAAUGAGAGAGAGACAAGAAAGAGAAACUAGAGAGAAACUGGAGAGAUGUGUACAGGAGACUUUUAUGAGGUUUACAGAAUCAACUACUAACUUUUAUUCAAAAAUAACUCAGCAUGAAGAGCGAAUAACUAAACUAGAGGAAAUGC